GCUGGCUGCUUCAGUCGUACAGGUCAGAGAUGGUGGGGUUUCUUAAGGAGUUUGACCAUUACUCUUCCUUGGCCAAACUCAUGUCAAUCUACCAAGCAGCCAACAGGACCACCUUCAACUGGACGGACAGCCGCAUUGUUGAGUGGGAGAAAUUUGCUGAGCUGGCUAAAUAUGAGCCGGAAUCCCAGAAACCAACAGUGAAAGCUCUUCUAAUUGUGGUGUACUCGGUCAUUAUCAUCAUGUCUCUUUUUGGGAACCUGCUGGUGUGCCACGUGGUGCUGAAGAACAAGAGGAUGCACUCAGCCACCAGCCUUUUCAUCGUCAACCUGGCAGUCUCUGACAUUAUGAUCACGCUGCUCAACAUGCCUUUUACCCUGGUUCGGUUUGUGAACAGCACGUGGAUCUUUGGAAAGGCCAUGUGCCACAUCAGCCGCUUCGUGCAGUACUGCUCCCUCCACGUCUCCACGCUGACCCUGACAGCCAUCGCCCUAGACAGGCACCAGGUCAUCCUGAACCCGCUGAAGCAGAGGAUGUCCCUAACGAAGGGAGUGCUGAGCAUCUCUGUUAUCUGGCUGAUGGCAACCUGUUUCUCCCUACCCCAUGCCAUCUACCAAAAGCUUUUCCAGUAUAACUACAGGGAAGCCACUGUCCGGAGUUUGUGCCUGCCCGAUUUUCCUGAGCCUGCAGAGCUGGUCUGGAAGUAUCUGGACCUGUCUACUUUUCUUCUUCUUUACCUCCUGCCUCUGCUAAUCAUCACUGUCACCUACACGCGCCUGGCCAAGAAGCUGUGGCUCCGCAAUGCUGUUGGAGACAUCACCACGCAGCAGUUUAUCACCCACCACAAGAACAAGAAGAAGAGCAUCAAGAUGCUGAUGCUGGUGGUGGUGGUCUUUGCUGUCUGCUGGUUCCCGCUCAACUGCUACGUGGUGCUCAUCUCCAGCCUAGGCAUCAAGACGAAGAACUCCCUCUAUUUUGCCCUGCACUGGUUUGCCAUGAGCAGCACCUGCUACAACCCUUUCAUCUACUGCUGGCUGAAUGAGAGCUUCCGCUCGGAGCUCAGGUCCUUGCUCUGCAUGUGCCACAAGGUGCCUCAGGCUCAGGACAACAUGCUGCCGCCCGUGGUCACGUCCUGCCACGAGGCGUGGAUGGAACAGGCCACGUACAGGAAGGGACUCGCCUCGCAGACCAUUUGCUCCACUGUUAACAUCCAGACGGCCAACACAGACCUUUGAGCCAAAGGGCUGAGGUGGGUUGGCUGGAUUCGGUGGACAUCAAAGGGCAUCUCGCCGUUUCUCCUCAGGAACUGACGUUGCUGCUCUGGUGUUUCACUACUGACUUUUGACUCGUAUCACAGUAGCACCCCCUUUACUUGAUGCAGGGGGAGCACAGCCUCUUCAGCACCCUCCCUGUGGGCCCACACCUGCAGCCGGUCCAAGGAACAGGUCUGCGUGGAGGGGACAUGGAGGUCCACAGACAGGAUGAUUUUCUUUUGGGGUUUCCCAUCUUAUUACUAGCAGAGGGAGUGGGACCCAGGUUUCCAUCUUUGCUCGUGCUGUCCCAAAUCGCUGCCCUAUCUCAGCACUCAUAAUAUGUGCCAUGACACCAGCGGGGCUUUGCAGAGCAGCAGAAACCACUCCGUUCUGACCUGUGUUUGAAGGAAGGACUCGGACAUCCAGGUUGACUCCAUCCAUACAGAGUUUCACCAGAUAAUUUAUGCCAAAAUCUGCCAGCAGAGGUAAGAGUUGUCAACAGCAAUUUCCCCUUCGGCGGGUGCUGCUCCUCCUCCCCUUGCUCCUGCUGCCCCAGCUCUGUCCCACCCCUCCCUGUGCCGCUUCUGGAGCUGCAGAUCCAGCAGCUGAAAAACAGCCCCGGCCCAGAGGGGAGCAGGAAUGCAUGCCAGGCAUCGGCGGCAGCAGCCUCAGACGGCACAUAGCCAGACAAAUCCAGUCCAUUGAGAAUUUCUUUUUGUUUUUAUUAGAAAUGUCUUAAUUCAGGAAAUAAACCUACACUGGCACUAAA